AUGCCCGAUGACUUUGAAGAUGUGACCGACGAUGAGGAGGAAACCCGUGAGGAAGAAGACAAAGAAGCUCCCGAUCCGGUGACCCAACGCCUGAACAAGAUGGAUGCACGCAUGACAAAGCACUAUUCCCGCCUGAUGAAGUUGAUGACCAGGUUCCCCGGGGCACCUACACCAGUGGAGACCGAGCCGACCGACGGGUAUGCCGCGUCGCCAUUCUGCGAAGAGAUCGCUAGGGUGACAGUUCCGCACACACUCCGGCUCCCAACCUGGACCACCCUGUACGACGGGACGUCCGACCCCUAUAGGCACGUCAACUUCUACAAGCAGCGCAUGUGGCAGAUCGGGAUUCCGCACGACCUAGUAGAACCUGUUAUGUGCAAAUCAUUCGGCGGCACCCUUGAUGGAGCAGCUUUGGAAUGGCUCACGAACGUCCCUCCCAGAUCCAUCUCCUGUUUGUCCGACCUCAUCAACGCCUUCUACCAACAAUUCGCCAGCAGUCGCCAGUUAGAAAAACAAACCAGUGAUCUCUAUCGGACUGCUAUUGAGGCGUUCAAGAGAGGCCUCAUCCCCAAUUCGGAGCUAUACCGGGAAAUAACCAAAUAUCCCUGUGCAACUUUCGAAGAGGUGCGAUCAAGGGCCACCGCCCAGAUGAACGAGCGGGUCGAACACCCUAACAUCUCCGACUACGGCUUCAACGUCGACAUUGGAGGUGUGGUGAACGCCCUUCAAAAUGUAGGUGGAACAGUCAGAUGGCCCCGGAAGAACGACAGACCGGACUCCAUGAAGGACAUGAGCAAAUGGUGCGACUUCCACCGCGACAACGGACACACAACCGAGGAAUGCAUCUCCCUCAGAAAGGAAGUCGCAUACCUCCUGAAACGGGGGCAUCUAAAGGAACUGCUGAGCGACAAGGGAAAAGAAACAUUUUCCAAAGAGCAAACCACCCUGCCCGGCCCAGCGACAAGCAGCGAGCGACCAGACCCACCACCAUUCAGUAAAGUGGUAAAUGUUAUUUCCGGUGGUUCUGAUAUUUGUGGACUAACCUCUUCUGCAGCUAAAAAAAUUAACAGGGGCGAAUCUGAGACCGUAGAAGAGGGACAAACCGAAGACGAGGCCGCACUACACAGGUCCCUGACCGCAAUGGCUAUCACUUUCGACGAUUCAGAUUCUGUAGAUACACAGCGGGAGCACCACGACGGGUUGGUAAUAUCUCUCCCAAUAGGGAACGCAUUGAUCAAAAGGAUACUGGUCGACAACGGAAGCUCAGCCAACGUACUGUUCUUGGAAGCACUACAAGAAAUGGGAUUAGAAGAGAAAAACAUAGUAAGGAGAUCAACAGUCCUGGUAGGGUUCAGUGGAGAAGCACUACGGACGGUAGGAGAGAUAUCGCUGCCUACAUACGCAGAAGGCGUCAACAUGAUGACCAAGUUCAACGUCGUCGAUUGUCCAUCAGCGUACAACGUCAUCCUAGGACGACCAUGGAUCCACAAAAUGAAGGCAGUGCCAUCAACAUAUCACCAAUCAAUCAAGUUUCCAACCAAGUGGGGGGUCAUGGAAAUCAAAGGGCAGCAAAGGGAUGCGAAGAAAUGUUACGAGACAGCACUGAAACCAUCCAAGUCACCCAUCUAG